UGGUCAGCUUUUCCGAAAGGAGGGCGGGGGAGGGCCUUAUAUGCGUCGCGGAAGUUAGUAUAACAAUGAUCCAAGGUUUUACCAGCCCUGGUUGCGCAAUCGAUAUCCUGAUAGAAUUUAGGGAGUUUUGUUUUCAGAUUAGCCUUGUUAAAAUCCCCAGCUACGAUGAAUGCAGCCUCAGGGUGUGUGGUUUCCAGUUUACAUAGAGUCAGAUAAAGUUUGUUCAGGGCCAUCGAUGUGUCUGCUUGGGAGGUAAUAUAUACGGCUGUGAUUAUAAUCGAAAAGAAUUCCCUUGGUAGAUAAUGCGGUCGACAUUUGAUUGUGAGGAAUUCUAAAUCAGGUGAACAGAAUGACUAGAGUUCCUGCAUGUUGUUAUGAUCACACCACGUCUCGUUAAUCAUAAGGCAUACACCCCCGCCCCUCUUCUUACCAGAAAGAUGUUUGUUUCUGUCGGCGCGAUGCGUGAAGAAACCAGCUGGCUGCACCGACUCCGUUAGCGUCUCUCGAGUGAGCCAUGUUUCCGUGAAGCAAAGAACGUUAGUCUCUGAUGUCUCUCUGGAAUGUUACCCUUGCUCGGAUUUCAUCAACCUUGUUGUCAAGAGACUGGACAUUGGCGAGUAGUAUGCUAGGGAGUGGAGCGCGAUGUGCCCGUCUCCGAAGCCUGACCAGAAGACCGCUUCGUUUGCCCCUUUUACGGCGUCGUUGUUUAGGGUCGCCGGCUGGGAUCAGAUCCAUUGUACUGGGUGGAAGGCAAAACACAGGAUCCGCUUCAAGAGAGUCAUAUUCCUGGUUGUAAUGAUGGUGUGGGUGUUCCUCUGAUCAUCAACAAGAGAGUGGGGGACUCCGUGGAGCUGCUGGCAGGCUUAGAGAAUGGACAUUUGAAAUCCUUGGUGUGGAAGUAUAUGGGAAAGGAUAUUGCAGAAUUCAACUCAGAAGUUGUAUAUUCACCUGGAUCCCAGUUUGAGGGGAGACUAAAGAUGAACACCAAAAACUUCAGUUUAACAGUCAGAGAACUGAUACUGCAAGACUCAGGGGAUUUUCUACUUGCAGGCGAAGGGGACAAAGGUCAGAUUGACAGUAAGACCAUCACUCUGAAGGUCCACGAGCCUAUAUCCAAGGUGGCGAUCCAGACAGACAUCAAGCUAUUGGCCAACCGCUCCUGUACGGUACAGCUGGUGUGCAACGUGUCCUGCUACCCCGACAUUACCUACACCUGGGAGAGAGACAAUAAGAUCUACGGGGACGCCCAGCAGAUUCAAUUCUCUCUCUCACCAGCAGAGAGAAACAUCAGUGUAAAGUGCAACGCCUCCAACCUGGUCAGUUGGAAAACUGCCUCUGCAACAGUAAAGUGUAGAAAGGACACAACCACCCCAGAAUAUGUGACAGGACAGGCGUGGUAUACCAUCUACAUCGGAGUAUCAGUGGGAGGUGCUGUGGUGCUGAUCCUCACUGUAGCUGUGGCAGUGUGCUACUGCAGGGGCCGAAGUAUCACGGAAGAUCUAACUGACAACACAAUAUAUGCUGAUGUUAUGAUCAACACAAGAAGUAGAGACACAAGAUCAAACAGUCAUGUGAACUCAAUAUCCAUCUAUGAAACUGUCAGGUAUCUGGUUAUCCCAAGAUUGAACAAGCCACAGACUCUGUAUGACAAGAUCGCAUUUGGACGCCCAGAAGGCCCCCCAGUACCAGACCGUACUCUGAGCUGAACAGGAUGUGGUCAUAGGCUGGGCCUUGCAUAGAUAUAGAACCCUCUGCAUCCUCUGCAUCUUACACGUGUACAUUCUGUAGAUAGGCCUAGAUGUAACUGUUUAAUUUCAUCAGGAUCUACACAAGUUGCUUACAAUUUGAUGGUUGUAAAUCGUCUCCCUUUAUUAGUUAUCAUAUAUAUAGUGUAUCAUCAGGCCUUAUGUCGUUCUUUGAGGGCCUAGUUACAAUUAGGAGAUUCUGAAAUGUGUCAUAGGCAGUUAUAGGUGUUGGGAUCAGACAAGCUCAUAUGUCAAAUUUCUAGUUUCUAGAUUGAAGAAAAUAGUUGUAGAUAAUAGUAUGACAUUGAUUAGUGAGGUUGAUUUAUGCCUGUGAAUAGAAAGUGUACUCUUUUGCAUUAGGAUUAUGUGCUGGCCAGGCAUUGAUGAGGAUGUAAUCAGAGAGUAUAUGAUGGAGAGUCUUUGUUACAUGUGGAUUGUAGUACCUUGAGUGCCUUGCAUUUAGAGUGAAUUGUAAUUUCCACUCACGACUGUAUUUGUUAGCAACAUGAUUGUUGUAUUGAAUGGUUUUCAGUACUGUAGCCUUCACCUAGUGAAUGUCUAAGUGGAUAUGUUACCUUUAAAAUUAAACUCAUUAUGACAACACAUUACAUGUAUCAUAAAGCCCCUGAGAGCCUAGUUACACCCUAACACACUGGUCUAAAACUCCUGGUUUAGUCAAAUUAUGCCGGCUUGCAAAGGGAUGUGUCUUUUCUAUUGGAAUCCAGCCAAAAAUAGGAUAUCCAGCAAUUGAAACUUUCAGUCACACGCAACCUGCAUUCAGAAUGACUGUUGGGGUAGAGAAGAUUGAUUAUUGAGAAUACCUAAAUCAUAUAAACUGGAACAAACAUAUCAGUAAUGUGUGAAAUAAGUCCAACUACUAACAGAUUGGAUUCGUUUAGAAAAGUGUAUGUUAUCUAUGUUUGUGUAGCAUAAGAUUAUUCAACCAGUCAUAGUACAUGCAAAUACACAGGUAUUGAAACAAACCAUUCUGAAAAUCAACCUGUGAAGAGAUCAUGCUGGAAUAAUGAUAAUGAUGAUUGGUGUCUUUUUGAGUUGUUUUGAGCAAACAUACAUUUUGUAUUUUACUCAACAAGCUUGUUCAAAUUCAACUGACUUCAAGCAGAGAUGGUGAUUAAAGACUAACACUUUG